AUGCAGUACAAGCUCGCUUCUAUCUCCCUCCUGGCCGGUAUGGCCUCAGCCAUUCCUUCCUCCUCUCCCUCUCCAACACCCGCUUCUCUCUCUCCGAGCUUCAGUUCUAUGGCAUCCAUAAGUGCCGUUCCCUCCGUCUCCGCGCCUAUUGCUUCCAAUACCCCCGGCGUAGUGAACCCCAAGGAUUACGACUGUGUCUACCGCGGCUGGGGCUGCGACUGGAGGAAAUCCGAAUACGGCUACGGCUCCGACUAUUGCGGUCUUUCUCCCUUCGAGGCCGGUCAGCAGCUGAAACGUAGCAAGGUCGUGGCUGUCUCCAAGGAUGGUUCUGGUGACUGUGCUUCCAAGGCUGGUAACAUGUGUUGCCAGGUCCUAGCGAAGGAACCAUGCAGACGUGGCGAGAAGUAUCUUGAGUGCAGGAAGCCAGAAUAG